AUGACACCAAAUCACGUCCGAUUGAUUGAUUCGUGCUACCCGCACCACAGUGCGUUGCUCGCGACUGCGCCCGACUACCGACCAAACUCCCAGGAGCUAUCACGCUUGACCUACUAUGCAAGCAAUAGACCAGGGAAACUUCCGAAGAUCACAAGCUAUCUUGAGAAGCGGGCAAAGAACGAGGCGAAUAAAGCCAAGUAUGGGUCCGCGAAGCAAAAAGCAUCACUGUUGAUCACACUUGCCAUAUUCCGUGCACUUACAGUGGAAUGUCGGAGAGAACUUCCUGUAUUCUCGCGCACCGUCAUUGUUGUCGUCAGUGUUGCAGUUACAUCGCUGCCAAAUGACAUUGAAGUUGCUGCACGGGCAGCCAGCGUCUUCACCGCAUGGACAACAUACACUGACGGGGGGCUAAUAGGCGUAGACGAUCACCUCACCAAAGCCUAUCUUUCCGUAUCCCGACACUACUCCCAUCUCUCCGUUCUCGUCAACAACAAGGAUGCUGAGUUGCGCAACCGCUCUCGUCUGCUCGGCCUUGCUGCAAUCUCCGGAAUUGUCGCUUCUGACGCGCUGUAUGCAUCUCUACCCGAAUUCACUACCCAGAUACCCGUUUUGGCACCUCCGUUGAUUCUGAACAUCGCUGGCAUGCCGACCAACACUCUUGACGACAUUUGCUCGACCAUCGAGACUGAGCCACAACCCACGUCCCCGUACCUGGCGGAGAUCCAAGCCCGACCUCCCCUAUCACAGAGACGAGCCGCGUCCAUUCACGUUCAUAUCGACGGAGAGAAGGGCCCUUCACAACUAGACGUUGCCGAAGCGGCCCUUCGUGCUCUGAAGACAAUCUUCCAGCAAGGCAAUGCUGUCCAGAUCGCUCGGACGAUGGCCGCGAUAAUAAUCAGCCUUGAUUCCAGUGACGUCUGGACCAACGUCGAGUUUUGCUGUUGGCUAGCAGACAAGGCGCUUGCCUGGACGCAAUACCAGUACAGGUUCGCGGUACCCACGAAGAUGGUAGAGCUGUUGCUAGCCAGUCAGGGUACACCGGUGCCGACAGCAAGGCUAAUGAGCUUGAUGGCUAUGCUGGCGACUGUGUUUACUUCGCCCAUCUCGCUGGUUAACUUCUCAACAUCUGAUGUUCUGACCAAACUGAUCACGGUGCUCCUUCGAAGAGUCGCGAUCGACCCGGAGGAUGGACUUUUACCCGCAGUCGUGCAAUGUAUCUCUUCUCUCGGCACACAUGUUUACUAUGCGGAUCAAAUACAGGAUCUUGCAGAAGAGCUCAUCACACGACUAGUCAACAUACAGCUGAAUGGGAUCAACGGCCGCGGCCCUUCUGGCACAGAUCCGACUCGUACAGUGUCCCUCCGUUGCCUCGUCUUAUCCCUGAAAGGGUUGAUUGAGACUGCCAACCGAGUAGGAAGCAUGAAGAAAAACGUUAGCUCCACCGUGCUUGGUGAAAGCUCUCGCAUCGUAGCAGAGCCAAUGGAGUCUAUCCUUGAACGGCACGAUUCCUCGGGCAUUCGCGAAGACUACUCUCACAACCCUCGGAAAAAUAACAUUGCUCCCGAGCUUUGGCAGGAGACAAUCGCCGUACUUUGUGAGGCGGACUUCUCCGUACGAUCGAGUUAUGCUCAGGCUUUGGUCACAUUCCUGCUUGCAGAGGUGCCGAAAGAGCCGUACACCUUCGAUUCAGGCUUGUUGAAUAGAGAAGAGGGCAAGGGCGUUCGGCUGCCAUCACCUGGACGUCCGCUCACAAUUCCCGAUGCGACCACACGGCUCCUGCAUGCAAUUCACGCGGCGGCGUUUCACCUUGCCAUGUCACCCUCUCUUGGAUUUCGCUCUGGAGCACCGUCGGAAGCAUCGGAUGAAUUCGACCAGCAUAUUCACGUCGAUCCACCUACACCUGAUGUAACGUCCAAUAGAUUCGGGGAAAUUGAGCUGCAUGAGCAACAUCGGACAACACCAUCACGAAGGCGGCUGUCGAGAGUACUGGCGGCUCUUAUCAACACACCUGCAGUUGACCACAUAGCGACAGCAACAUUUUCCGACUACGCGUGUUUACUGAAUAUUCUCAUCACGGUACACCGCCGCCUGCCGGGCCGAGCGCUCUUGGUUGGCGUCCCGAUGUUGAUUGCCAUGGACACAAAUGCAAUGUCAGCCUUACGAGAAGGGGAUGAAGCUGUCCAGGGCAAGGCCUGGGCUAUAAAAGAGCUGUUGGGUCGUGUUUGGGAGGAGAUUGGUGAGAUUUGGGCAAGCGACGGGAUACAACGCCGUGCGCGCGAGGCACUUGAUAAACUGCCAAAUCCUGGGUCUCUCGCAGGUCCUACCACACCUCCAUUGGGUACGAACAACCUCGUUCAGGACCCGGUGCCAUGGCCUGCACCUUCGCCUGAAGAUGGGAGCAAGUUUCCUUUCAUCAAUGCAGAGAUGAUGGUGACACUGCUAGCAAACAAUGAGCGCGUCCAAGCCGUGUUGGGUCUAGACAAACAAGGUGUCCUCAAGCGGUUGAUAUUGGACUGGACUGAAGAGUCAGCACUAUCAGACUCCAUUGAAACUCUGCAUCAUCACGAUGUAUUACGCGGGGAAGGUGCUUCCGCAUUACGCAAGAUUUCCCCCGCUCUCAUGCAGAUAGACAACAUCUCCUUAGCGAGCGUCGCGAGGAGCGGAAAGGGUGGUGGCGUAGAUAUCCUACGCGAAGCACUGGAAGGUCGGGGCCUGGGAACUUCAGCGUCUGUGACGACGUUCGAUCGCAUGUCAGCUCAAGGUGGACAUGCAGGCCUUCUAGUGCCCCCAACGCGACCGACCUCGGCAGGUCGCGAACGUUUGAAGAGUUCACCAUCCGAGGUCCGAGAUGCCCUUGAUAGGCUUGGCAUUGGCAGGCAGACGCAAGCAAACGGCAGACUGCGAUCCCCAUUCCCAAUUGCCGAACGUUCUGAAUCCGAAACAAAACCCCAUGUCUUAGUACCGCCAUAUCGGUCAUGA